UUUUUUUAAGAAGUUGUUUCAAGGACACAAAUUUCCAGUCUUCAAACCAGCCUGAAAUACCGCGAACCGUUCGACAACAUACUGAGAUGGCGCUGGGAAUCAGCGAGGCUCAGCUCUUGGGCCUUUUCCUCGCCAGUGUCUUCUGGGGGAUGUUUCUGAUCACUUUCGUUCAAAGCAUACGUUAUUUAUUGUGGGACUUGAAAGGGAAUCUCAAGCCACUGUCGAUAAUCAACUGGCCUCUGCUCAUAGUCGCAGCGUUGUUGGCAUUCCUAUCGACCUUCGACGUCGCGUUAGGGUUGAUGCACAAUAUUGAAGCAUUCAUAUUUUACACAGGUCCAGGGGGAUCUGCUGCUCGAUUCACGGGGUUAACAGAUUGGGUCAACAUCUUGAAGACAUGUAACGUGGUGUUUGGGAAACUCAUCAGCGACGGAGUCCUUGUGUACCGCUGCUGGGUGGUGUAUAACAAGAGAUGGCUCGUUAUCGCGUUUCCGCUUCUUUUAUGGCUAGGUUACCUGGGCUUGUCGGACCUUACACCCAGCAUCACAUCUGGAUGGACUAUGUCACUCGUCAAUAACAUACUGGCCACUGGGUUGAUUGUCUAUCGCAUCUGGCGCGUAGACCAAGAAAAUUCAGCGUAUGCUGUGCAGAGCGUAUCGUCGCGUAGCCGCGCAUUUUUUGGUCGAAGUAGCCGAAGGACUAGAUUGCAAAACGUUACAAGAAUCAUCAUCGAAUCAGGCUUCCUUUAUACGACCAUCGCAUUGAUCACCUUCAUUACAUUUCUGACCGGCAGUAAUUCGUUCUAUGCAACCUCCGACGCAGAACUUCAAAUCCUCUCAAUAGCGUUCAACCUGAUCAUUAUUCGUAUAAGUACUCGGCCUGAAGAGAACUACAGUGUACAAACUACUAGGCCACAUCACCCAUCAUUCCCCCUGCGUACAUUCACUUCUGUAGCGGAGAGUACUAGUCCAGCUCCAGACGAAAUCAUAACGAAAAGGACUCUGGAAGUGAUGGUCACAAACGAGGAGAACGUGGACGUGGAUUAUUCGCCAGCACGUUCUCGGGGCGCAAUUUCAUUCAGAUCUGAUAUGAACAAAUCUGGGCAUGAUGUUGAGAGAAAUUCAAUUCCGUAGAAUGAUGGCCAAUGGGGCGGUUAUGUGGAUUAUAUGUUCGUGUAUGAGCUGGGUACAACAUUUGUAUGGACGUGUCAAUGUAAUGGUUAUUAAAUUUCUUGCUACCUUGGUGGAG